AUGGCUACCUGCAGUGCAAUCAAGCUUGAGCUGCCCGUGGAUGUGACAACAUUUAAAUUCACUUUCGAGUGCAGAACAGCAGGACCCGUAACUAUUGAAAUAUCUAUCCAACAGCCUCUCCAGAUGCUACGCCCACAAGCAGGUACUGUCAAGGGCCCCGAUGUCAGCAGCACACACACUGAAGUACCAGGAGUAUUUACAAAUUGGUUGGGCGCUGUUGAGGCGGGUCCCCCAGCAGUGGAUGAUAGUGUCACUGAACCCAAGUCGGAGCUGGGUGCUGAAGAUUUAAAACAUACUGCUCAAGCGCUCGUUAGUACUGGGCCAAUAGUCGACGAUAGCGAAACAGAACCGGAGUCAGACCAGGAGACCAAAGAUGAGCCUGCCACACCAGCAGAGUUUUAUCACUGGUACAACGAGAAAAAGAAAGCAAAACCUUGA